UUUUUUUGUGUAUUACCAAUUAACACCUGUGCCAAAAUAAUUUACCUAUAAAUACAGACUUGCGUAGUUGUUGACUUCUAUUCUAAAAAAUAAAAGUGAAGUAACGGUGAGUUUCAAUUACAAUACCAGUAACGAAAAAUUAUCUAAAAAAAGUAUGGCAAAAAUUGUAUACCUUUGUUGGGUCGUGGUUGCACUGUCGCAGUUUCAGAAUACGAAAUCAAUUGGAAACAUUGAGAUACAUAUAGAAUAUUUUAAAUUUCAAAAAGAUUAUCUGAAUUGCGCGGAUACAUGUCUGCAAUACGCUAGCGUUUGCCUAUCGAAUAUUAACCAUAAUACAAACUGCGAUAUUGGAUACAUUGAACAAGAAUAUAAACAAUAUAAUUUCAACUUAUCCUUUAUUAAUUUUACUUUGCCACUCGUUGUUCCUGUUAAAGAUUUAUACAUGAUAUCAUUUGAAGUAAACCAACAAACUUCUAAUAACAACUCAGCUCUUUUAAAGAAAUAUAGCACUUACAUCAGCUUUACGCCUCACAACAAAUGGGUAGCAGUCCGCCAACAAUUUAUUGGAUUUUACAUUCGCACAACGUGUGAUUUACCCGAAUCAGCUAAUGCUACAUUUUGGUGUGAUCAUCCUGGCCACUAUUAUGGGUACAAUGCAAACAAUGUUAAGUUAUGUAAUAAAGGUUGGGAAGGAAGAAACUGCGAUAAAAAUAACACAAUUUGCAUACCCAGAGAUAACUAUAGGUGUAGAAACAACCAGAAAAUAUGCAAUCCUGGAUGGACAGGAAUUAAUUGUGAAGUUUCCACUUACAAGAAGUUGUGCAAGCCUCGUGAUGAUCAUACUGGCCAUUAUGGAUGCAGCUAUGAAGGAAACAAAGUCUGCAAUGUUGGCUGGGAAGGAGAAAACUGUCUGAAAAAUAUUGAUGAUUGUUUAUCAAAUCCUUGCCUAAAUAAUGGUUCAUGUAUUGAUCUGCAUGCAAAUUUCGAAUGUGUAUGCCCUGGAAAAUAUGGCGGAAAGCAAUGUGAAAUUGAUUUUCGCAAUGAGCCAUGCAAAAAUAAAGGCAUCAUGUUACCGGACAAUACAUGCAAGUGUCGUUUUGGGUACAAAGGUAAUAAAUGUGAAAUUUGUAUUCCUUAUCACCUCUGUGUUGAUCAUGGGACGUGUAAAAACCAUGACACUUGUAAUGGAUUAUGUAUACCUGGUGGUUGGGUUGGUCAAUUCUGUGAAAUAGAGCAAGAUGGAUGUAGUCACAACAGAGGCAAGAAAUUUUGUUCUAGUAAAGGGAUAUGUGUAAAUGAUCAAAAAGUGUCAGUUUCUGGACAAGCCUGGAAGUGUUUAUGUUAUGAAGGAUGGGUUGGUAAACACUGUGAAAUAAAGAUACAUAUAUGUAACAAAAGAUCACCUUGUCAAAAUGGUGGCACUUGUUUAAAAUCUGGAAAGCAUUUUAACGAUGAUCAGAUUUAUAAUUGCAGGUGUCCUUUAGGAUUUUCUGGAAAAAAUUGUGAAAUUGAGAUAAACGUGUGUGAAAAGCUAUCACCUUGCCAAAAUGGUGGCACUUGUUUGAAUAUUGGAAAACAUUUUAAUGAUAAUUUGAUUUAUGAGUGUCAAUGUCCUAUAGGGUUUUCUGGCAAAAAUUGUGAUAUUGAUAUGCAUGUAUGCAAUAAGCAAUCACCUUGUCAAAAUGGUGGCACUUGUUUGAAAUCUGGAAAGCAUUUUAAUGAUCAGAUUUAUGAUUGCAGAUGUCCUUUAGGAUUCUCUGGGAAAAACUGUGAAAUUACUUCUAUACAGUACAAGCAAUGUAUGUACAGGGAAAUGUGGUAUAUUCACAAUGAUACUUGGGAUGAUGCCUGCAAUGUUUGCAGAUGUGAUGAUGGAGUUGCAAAAUGUACAGAUGUAUGGUGUGGUCUACCAAAUUGUUAUCAAAUUGAAGAUCCAAACUGUAAAUGCAAAUUUGUAGAAGGGCAUUGUAUCACCCCUCCUUGUUUGCCUUGGGGUAUGUGUAAUUUUCAAACAAUCCCAGUAUUAUAUAUGGGCUGCUUCACUGAAUUUAAUACAGAGUUGGCAGAGAACUGUGCUAAAGUCAUCUUUUUUUUUAAUGUUAGAAUGCUUCCAAAGGGAAUUUUAUUAGAAGAAUUAUGUCAACAGUUUCACAUUUAUAAAAGAGUUCAAAGUUUAUUUAUUUCCAAUGAAGUUAGCUUACAGUGUUCUCAUGUUCGCUUUAACUCUUCCCUGGAUCAAUUAAUUAUUAAUAUAUAUAGCAAAAAAAAAGCAAUUCAGCUAUCUUUGGAGAUUGCAAAGUACAAGCACACACUUGUCGAACAAUUUGAAAAUUUUAAAUGGCACGCGCCGCCUACAUUAGUUCUUUUUUUUCGUUCUGUUGCAUAUACAACCAUUGAAAAACCUUCUACUAUGCAUAGUUUCUUAAAAGAAGAAGGAUAUUUUUUUCCGUUAGUCGGAUGUAUGGUUGUGUGCGUCCUCGUACUUUUUGUGUGUCUUUACUUGUGGUUGUAUAAGAAAAUGACAGUGAAAAAAGUAUACCUAUCUGACACAACAACAAUUAUUGAGCAUAAUAAACUCAAAGAAAACACUUUGCUUGUUAACAAAGAUAAUUUGAAAAAAGGAAUUUUUAAAACUAUAUCUAGAAAAUCUGAACUACUGUAAAUAUGUAUAACUUUUGCUUAACUUUUUCUUAUUUCAUUCAUGUAAAUAAUUUGCGCCCUUGUUAAUAAUUUCUUACUGGUGCCUUGUUAAUAGUUUGUUACUUAUUACUUCUAACUACGCCCUUGUAAAUAAUUUGAUAUACGAAUAUAUAUUUUUUAGUCUUUAUUUAAAACGAGCAACAGAUCGCUCGUAACU